GGUUCCGUCAUUCCCGGUUCUGUUCCCGGUUCGGUUCCAUCAUUCCCGGUUCCGUUCCAUCAUUCCCGGUUGGGUUCUGUCGUUCCCGGCCCGGUUCCGUCAUUCCCGGUUCGGUUCUGUCGUUCCCGGCCCGGUUCCGUCAUUCCCGGUUCGGUUCCCGGCCCGGUUCCAUCAUUCCCAGUUCGGUUCUGUCGUUCCCGGUUCGGUUCUGUCGGUUCUGUUCCCGGUUCGGUUCCGUAUCCUUACGGAUCUACAAGCAACGCCUGGAUUUGUAUCGAAACCGGCAUUUAAAGGAGCCUAUUUUUAACCUGAUUGCAUAACGUUGAGGCUUCACCCGGUGGCAGCCGGUAACACCGGGCCCGGUUGGGUUUCCUCUCUAUCUAAAGGGGCUGUUUCGGUUUUACACGGUGUUUUAACCCUUCUUGCUUUAUCUCCCAUUCAGAUCUCACAGGUCCCCGUUGGUUCCCGGCCCUUUGAAGAUGGUUGAGCUGUAAGAGGAGGAAAAGGGGGAAAAGAUGGGCCAGGGGGGGAACCUGGCUGCAAAGAGUGAGUCCAAGUCGGCGCUGCCUCAACGCUGCCCAGGGAGGAAUUCUGCUGCGGGAGGGUUCUGGCAUCGGUGAUGAGCAAUGGGGUAUGAUGUAACACGCUUUCAGGGGGAUGUUGAUGAAGAUCUUAUAUGCCCCAUUUGCAGCGGGGUCCUGGAGGAGCCGGUUCAGGCUCCUCACUGUGAACACGCCUUCUGCAAUGCCUGCAUCACCCAGUGGUUCUCCCAGCAGCAAACCUGCCCCGUGGACCGCAGCGUGGUGACGGUCGCCCACCUCCGCCCCGUGCCGCGCAUUAUGCGCAAUAUGCUUUCCAAGCUUCAGAUCACCUGUGACAAUGCUGUGUUUGGCUGCACGGCUGUAGUGCGACUGGACAACCUGAUGUCUCACCUCAACGACUGCGAGCACAACCCCAAGCGCCCAGUGACCUGCGAGCAGGGAUGCGGCUUGGAAAUGCCCAAAGACGAGCUGCCAAACCACAACUGCAUCAAGCAUUUAAGGUCAGUGGUGCAGCAGCAGCAGACCAGGAUCGCUGAGCUGGAGAAGACCUCAGCAGAACACAAACAUCAGCUGGCAGAGCAGAAACGUGACAUUCAGCUGCUGAAGGCCUACAUGCGUGCUAUCCGCAGCGUCAACCCCAACCUGCAGAACCUGGAGGAGACCAUUGAGUACAACGAGAUCCUGGAGUGGGUGAACUCCCUGCAACCCGCCCGUGUGACACGAUGGGGUGGGAUGAUCUCCACGCCGGAUGCUGUGCUGCAGGCCGUGAUUAAACGCUCCCUGGUGGAAAGUGGCUGCCCCACAUCCAUCAUCAACGAGCUGAUUGAAAACGCCCACGAGAGGAACUGGCCUCAAGGCCUGGCCACGUUGGAAACCCGUCAGAUGAACCGACGUUACUACGAGAAUUACGUGGCCAAACGGAUCCCAGGCAAACAGGCCGUGGUGGUGAUGGCCUGUGAGAACCAGCACAUGGGUGAGGACAUGGUGCUGGAGCCGGGGCUGGUGAUGAUAUUUGCACACGGAGUGGAGGAAAUAUAAAUGGACGUUGGAAGAAGCGAUGCUUUGUGCUGAGGAGGGGGCUGGGACCGAGGCCUGGGGUGGAUGCUGCCAAUGGCCGGGCUCUGCUCACAGCUGGAUGAAACGAUUCCAUGUCCCCCCCCCUUCCCCCCAAGUCCCCCUUAUAACCGCUGCAUCCACCCCAGCCCACCCCCCAUUUGCCCCCUGCAGCUCCAUAUCCCCACUUGGUGUCUUCAGAGGGGGCAGAGGAGGCACAGCUGCACCCCGGGUACUGCUGGGCUGCUGCCCCAUGGACUUCCAGCCCCAUGGACUUCCAGCCCCAUGGGCUUCCAGCCCCACGGAUGCUCACGCUGUGCCUGCAGCCCCCCCGGCUGCCUCCCUUGUGCUCUCUGCCCUAUGCUGCCUGUGUCUGUCCCAGGGGGCCAGGCCUGGCC